GUGAGGUUAUGAUUUGUGACUAGCGAUUGGUAAAAUUGUUUACAUAUUUAUAGAUUAUUUAACGAGCGGUUUGUUAGAGCAGUGAGCUAUUGGGCAGGCGUCGAGUUCGUUGCGUCACUUUGGGAACAAAAAUAUCAAUGCUUUACAACUUACAAUUAAAUGAAACCAUAUCUCAAGAAGUACUCAAGACCUGGUGAGCAGACGACUUUUUUGACAGAUUGCUGAAGGAUGAUGACAGAUGUUUUGCUAAGCAAGCAGACCAUUCAUUAACGGGACCAUAAUUUUGAACAAAGUGUCCAUCAUGUUCGAGGGAGCGGUUGCAGCACUGCUGAACCGUAUUCUUGGAAAUUAUAUCGAAGAUCUUGAUACUGAAAAUUUUAAUGUGGGAAUAUUUUCAGGCGAUGCAUAUCUCACAGAUCUUAAGCUGAAAACAGAAGCCCUUUAUCAACUUGGACUGCCCAUUAAAAUUAAGAUUGGUUUGAUUGGGAAAAUUAGCCUUAAGAUACCUUGGACAGGUCUCACAUCACAGCCUGUGAUUGUCAUCAUUGAGGAUAUCUAUAUAAUAGCAGUUCCUGCAUUAGGUGAUGCUUAUGACCCCGAUAUAGAGAAACGUCUGAUCAGAGCAGCGAAGAAAAAGAUCUUAGAGGACCUUGAUGAGGAUUAUUUCCUUGGAUAUGGAAUAACUUCUAGUCUACUUGACAGCUUGGUAACAUCUGUUAUUAACAAUUUCCAAAUAACCAUCAAUAAUGUUCACAUCAGAUUCGAAGAUAGUUUUACACAAUCAACACCUGUUGCUUGUGGCCUGUGCAUUCAAAGUCUGUCAGUGACUACUACUAACAACAAAUGGAAACCAGGUGUAAUCGCCACAAGUUCGAGUUCAAUUUAUCAAUUAAUGAGGGCUGAGUCAAUGUCAGUCUAUUUAGACCCAAAGGCUGAGACUUGUUUGCCGGAGUAUCCAGCAAAAUGGGAACUCUCCAAACUUCUCGCUUGGAAAAACGUUAUGCAUCGAGCUCUCCAAACUUUUAGUAUCAAUAAUCAAGAAUUUCAAUUUUUGAUGAAACCAUUCACGGCAAGAAUUAAAAUUAUAAUUAACAAGAGCAAUGAAAUUCGAGUGCCGCGAAUGUUGGUAGAUUUUGUUCUCCAAGACGUAGCUACCCAGAUUACUAAACAGCAGUAUAUUACUCUGUGUGAAAUUAUUCGAUCGCUUAAGCGAAUAUCAAUCAACAGGCCAUACAAAAAAUACCAUCCUGGUACUCGUGUUCAUGAAAAUUGUAGAGGCUGGUGGAAAUAUGCCUAUAAUGCUGUUGUAGAUCAAAGUGUAAAACCAUACACCUGGGCCUAUUUUCAGGCUCACCGAAAAAAUUAUCAUCAAUACAAAAAUGCAUUUAAAAUGACUUUACUUCGACCAACUGAUACCGAGCUCAAAUUGGACUUACAAAAAUACGAAGACAUGCUUACCAUAGUCAGUAUCAUAAUUGCUCGAGAACAUGCUAAAAUACAGCUGAAAGAGGAAGCACCCCAGCAUGUAUCCGUUGAAGUGUGUAAAUCAAGCUUGUGGAAUAUGGUUGAUGAGCCAGAAGUUGUCAAGUUCGUUGUGAAUCACGAAAAGGCAUAUGAAGUUAACAACCAGCUUAGUAGUCCAGAGCGUAAAUUGAUCCAAAGUAUGGGCAAUGGUUCAGGAGAGCAGACAAACCCCGAUAAGUUGCCGCAAUAUAUUGAUCACAAAUAUAAUUUCACUCUGGCAAAUUGUUCCCUGAGUUUGUUAAAUGAAGAUAAAGAAGUAUUGGUAAUAACAUUAACUCAGUUCUUAGCUAGUGUUGAAACGCGCCCGUAUGCUUCAGCUUUCAAAAUAUCAGCUCGUGCGGAAAGUUUUGUAAUUGAGGGAGCAUCAUCUGACAAUGAACUGAUACCUCUAAUAACAGCCGACAAUAUUUUAACAGGAAACACGGCUUCCAAUUUUUUAUCCGUAGACUUUGAAAAGAAUUCAUUAAAUUCUUAUGCAAAUUUUGAUGUCUCUGUAACACUAGAGCCAAUCGAAGUUAUGUAUCACGAGUACGCUAUAUCAGAGAUAAUCAAAUUUUUCAAAACGAGCGACUUGAACAUAACAAAACUGCUACACAUUAUGCGAUGUCAAAUGAGCUCGGUUAAGGAGAAAGGUUUGAAUAUAGUUUACUCGAUACCAUCGAGACAAAAAAGAAUCAAUCUUAAAAUGGACCUAAAAGGCCCAUACAUAGUUCUACCACAACAUGGUUCUGUUCAAAAUGGAGGAAAUUUGCUUAUAUUUGAUGUUGGACGCACAAUAGUCAAAAGUGAACUACAAGCUGCAAACGUACAACUAGAAGAUGCAACUAUGAUGGAACUAGAAGAAUUACUUUACGAUAGGCUGCAUAUAAGUUUCAUUGAGGGGCAAAUACUCUUUUGCCAUUCAGGUGACGACUGGAGAGAAGUUAAGAAAUUAUGUGACUCAGAGAAUCAUUUAUUACCUAAGAUCCAAUGCAACUUUACGUUAUCUCAUAGUAUAAAGAUGGACUACAGAGUAUUACCCAGGACAAAGCUCAACAUGUCAAUUUCUAGUUUAAAAUUGAAUUUGUCUGAGAGAAAGCUCAACCUUUUGACUGAGUUUCUUUGUUCUAUACCGUUUUUGCAUCAAUUCAGCAAUAAUCAGGAGAAGGAAAGUACAACCCAGCUUGAAACUGACCAAACCAUAAGAUGUGGCAACGUUUUCUCAUUUAAAGAGUUAGAUCUAAUACGCAAUGUGAUCGCCCAAUCAUCUCUAGUCACUCAGCGAAGUAGUUCCAAACAAAAAUCUAGUGAUACUUUGGAUCCAACGAUAUCAGAUCUUGAGAGGAGUAUCGUAUCAUCUGAAUUAAGCGAGGAAGAUAUGGAACUGUGGGCAUCAACAAUUGAAUUACCUGGAUUCGAUGAUAACAUUUCGCCUCAUAAUUCCAUCAGAUUAUUAUUGAGAUUUGUCAUUGGAGAGUUUUGUAUUCACUGGGAACAAUCUCUAAUCAUAGAGAAACCAUAUGUGACUCUAAGAAUAUCUGGGCUUUGUUUGGAGGCUGCAGUCAUGGACUACGGCUCAUCAAUACAUUUCAGUGUCGGUGGCAUUUUGUUAGCAGAUAAGACAAAUGCUGGAGUUACUGGUUCAUAUCUUGAACUUAUUUCCACCAGUACUACAUCUGAAGUCAUUACCAUCUUAUAUCGCAAGGUGACAGCAAAUUGUCCAGAUUUCAAAUCUCACUUCAAGAGUACAGAACAAUCUUUGAUUGUAGAUCUUGCUCACAUCAAUAUUAUAUUCCAUCGGCAUUCAUUUUUGACAUUGAAAGACUGCUACGACAAAACUUUAAAGAUCCAGCACCUUGAAGAGAUCUAUAAUUAUCUGAAGAGAGAUGUAUUCAAUAAUUCUGUAUUUUGUUUGAAAAAACCUGAUGAUCCACCAAUUCCACCUGGAGCCACAAAAUUGAGCUAUUCUGCACGACUGGGCACACUGCAAAUCAAUCUGUGUGAUGUCGACGCAUCUCUAUUGGAAAUUAAAUUAUCUGGCUUAGAAAGUGACUGUAUUUACAAGGCUAAUGAGAGAAUGAUUUUACGACUGCAUCUGAGAGGUCUUACUGUAAUAGAUCUUAGUGAUAUGACCUUAUAUUCCAAGAUUGUUACAGUAGACGAAGAUAAGGUCUUGGAUUUCAAAUAUGUCAGACACACACCAAAGCUCUAUAAAUGUUCCGAUAUGGAUGCCAGGCAAGACGAUGUUAAGGCAGAUGGAAGCUUGAAAGUGUCACUGGGUCGAAUCAAUAUAAUAUUUAUUUCAAAGAUGUUACAAGACUGUGAGAAUUUCUUUAAACCAUUUGCGCAUCUCGUACCUAAAGCUUUGUUGACUUCAUUCAGCGAUUCCAUAGUUUCGAAUAUAAAAAAGCUAAAACACAGUGCCACUAAGCUACACUUAUCACUGGAUUUACAUGGACCAACUUUUCUAUUUCCUCAAAAGAAAGAUGUACCCAGUUUAUUGGUGUUUCAUACGGGAAUCUUGACAAUUGAAAAUUUCUUCAAGGCUGAAGAAUCAUUCAAACAGAGUAAUAUGAGCGGCAGUACAUCUGAAUCCAUAGUAAUCGAUAAUAUUUUGAUUGAACUGAGGUCGGUCACUCUUUCCAGAGCAAUCAUGAUGAUAACUGGGAAUUUGGAAACUCAAGAGCCUAUUUUAGAACCGGUGUUUGUUCGUCUGGAUUUAAAUAGAAGGAUUGACCAUAAAACUGCAAUGACAAUGAGCUCUUACAAUCAGUGCGUUUGUCAAUGUGACCUCAAAGGAGCUAUUGAUAUGAUACUUAUAAACAUUGGCCAUCGCGAUCUUACAUCUGCACUCUCUAUAUGGGAGGAUAACAUUUCUAAAAUCAUCACUAUGGGUACAAAUUCACAAGUGGAGGAAAGCUUCCCACUUACACCUUUGUCACCAAAUGUAGCAUCAGAGGAUACAGCAGUAAAGAAGCUGGAGGCAUUCUUUUCACAUAAUGAGCAUCCUUUUUGUGAAAUCAAUAUAAAACUAACAUUGGAUGGAGUGCAGUUAAAUUUAUUUUCAGAUACCGACGAGGUAUUGAGUUCUCCUGUACGUGACCUAAACCAUGGUUUGUGUAAGUUAACGAUAGACGAAGUAUCUCAAUCUCUAGAAGUCUACAGUGACGAAAGUUUGAUCAUGAAAUUAUCAAUACGGAGCUGUUUAUUAGAAGAUAUUCGCAGAGAUGAGACCAUUGUGUUACGAAAGAUAAUUCAGUCGCAUUCGCAGAAUAUUGGAGCUGACAUAUCUAAUAUUUCCAUCUCCACUCCGCCAAUAUUAGAUUUUACUUUCCAACAAACCCAAGCUGGUGAUAGAUGCAUUGAUGUGCUGAUUGAAGAAACUCGUCUUAAUUUAUCCAUGUCAUUUCUCGUUCACAUUGGGAAAUAUAUCAUAGAUUCCAUACCUGGUGACCCAGUGGACAAGGGGGUUAUCAAUGAAGGAUAUGUUGGCGAUGGUAAUAUAUUGACCAAUAUAUCUGAAUUAAGAGCUACAGGAUACGAUGCUGGAAAAGUGCCAACUAUAAAUAAGUUCCAGAACCUCCCAAUAAUUCAGCCUGAGGACCAACCAGGUGUAUCGGUAUCCAUACGAAUUCGAAAACCAGAAUUACUUGUGUUUGGUGAUUUGAAAGCCAGCAAUGCACACGCUGUACUUUUUCAAGCUGAACUUAUCAUAGAGAGCAGUACUCAUGAUGGAAUUUCAUCAAUUGUCUGCUCUUUGUCCGAUGUUCAAGCUAAAAGUAAAAGCCAAGCUGAAUUUAGAAAACAGCCUCCACAUUGGGUUUUACGCCCAUGUGAUAUCGAAAUCUCAAAGACAAGGAGCUUACUGAAUCACGAUGUUCAUGUAGUGGCUAGUGUGAGUUCAGUCGAUAUUCAUUUAUCGGCCAGCACCGUACAAACGUUCAUUGAUAUUGUACAAGAUGCAAUUUUCUUUCUAAAACCCAACGACCUUGACAAUAAAAACAUAUACCAAGAUUUUACUCCUCAUAAUGAAUUGUGGAGUCAAAAAAAAGUAGCCUGCAUUCCAUAUAAAACACAUCGGCAAGACUCACUCACUCGAAUGCUUCUUGAUGAUAGCUUCAACAAGCAAUGUGAAACAUUCCAAUUAAAACCAGUUUCUUUCUGCAUAUUACUGGAAAUGGAAGAUACUAUUGAAAGGGUUCCCAUGAUGAUGGCUCAACUUGAAGUUGAUGCUUUUCUUCAAGAUUGGAAUUAUAAAUUCCACAUGGAAUCUAUGAUGAAAUUGCAAGCUUCUUGUUAUAAUGUAAAUGCUGGGGCUUGGGAACCAUUGAUUGAACCUUGUAUAAAAGAUGAAAAUAUUUAUAAACCAUGGGAAUUAACAUUCAGGGUAUAUCAAUCUGAUUCCUAUGAAAUAAAUACUUGUGGAAAAGAUACUCAAAAUCAGAAACGAGAAGCCUAUUCUGAAAGCCGAGCAAAAAAAAGGGGUUUUGAAGAAGAUGAAGCUGAAAACAAUGAUGGAAUGUUGUUCAUUUAUCCAGAUCAUUCUGCGUCUUCUAAAAUUAACAAAAAUUACAGUUUUGAGUGCAACGACGAUUCCGACUCAGAUAAUGAAGGCUCAAUGCGAACACUCACUGGAACGUUUGGCCAUUUAUUUAUAAGAGAUGAGAGUGAGGAAGAAACCAGCGAUACAGAUGAAACAAGUGGUGAUGAAGAUGAAGGAGUACACAUCUCUGAUGAAAAUAUGGAAGAUUUGCAAGUUAUAAAUGAUUGCUCCACAACCGAGGAUGAAAUCAAAGAAAAUCAUUUCGCAACCUACAUAAUAAUAGAUGCAAAGGACAGACUCAACUUCACAGUUACGCCGAAUACAAUGAACACGUGUAGCGCAAUUCUAUCAUCGUUCCUGAAAAGUAGCAAUGGGAUUCCAAUCGUUGCAACAAAUGCAGGAAAACUAACUUUACGAAAUGAUAUUGGCUACGCAAGUAAAGUGGAGUUACUUACAGUUGAUGAGGAAAAUGCAAGAGAUCACACACACUUGAUUGCUGUUGCUAAUUAUCAUACAGCAGAUUCAAUGGCAAAUAGUCCAAGUAGUCCAGAGGCUGAAAACUUUCCCGAAGCAACUAUCUUGACAGCUGUAGAGAAUUUCGAUGGUGAAUUCAAUGACUGCUCUAUAUCUUACAUUCAAAAGGACUUUUCAUUUAUCACACAAACUCCUACUGAAUCCGUUACUAAAAUUUACAAUAUGGUCACUGAGGAACGCCUACGGAUUCAAAUAGAAGGAUUUGAGGAUACUCUUGUUUAUUGUCCGAAACGGCAAGGUUUCAAAGUAAUCUCAUUACAACCCAUGCGAUAUGGAAUAAGACAUCAUCUGAUGGUUCAAGUGGAAACCAACGAACAUUUUCACAGAACUAUAACCAUUUGCUCUCCCCUGCAGAUUCAUAACGAAACGUCCUUUGCAAUUGGAUUAUAUUACAAAAAGAAAUUGGCAGAAAAAAUGAACGUGCCGGCUAUUGGAGAAACAUUAAAUCCUUUCGACGAUAACACACGAAUGUCAAUCAUAGAGCCUGACGAGAUUCUUAAUGUCCCUUUGUAUGCUGCCUAUCAUUUUCAAGUCCACAUACAACCUGCAUAUAUGGAAAAAUACCAAGUGAGUGAGGCUGGUAUAUGCUGGAAAGAAUUGAGCAAUAAUUUAAACACCGCAAAGGAUAUAUACUGUUACACAAAGGAUGAUUCCGACAAAUCCGUAUUUGCAGUAAAAGUAUUAUGCGCAAAAAGGGUAACGGUCCAAACGAACUCCCGUAUACCGAAUUAUCAAAUAAGAAUACUGCCUCCUCUUGUAUUUCAUAGCAGACUACCUGUUGCGGUGGAUAUUAAAAUUCCAGUAAUCCAGUAUGAGGUCAGAAUGGAACCAGGGGAAAAUAUAACUAUCUAUACUUUGAAACUCAGCGAUAAUCCGAAAGUAACUUUUGAGGUACAAAAUUAUUUGGGUAACGUGUGGACCAGCACGAUAGCCAUAACUACAGAAUCCGAAACAAAACUCGUGAAAAUGGUACCUGAUAACGAACCAAAAAACUUGAAUCCAUUUUUAUUGAGCAUCAGGCAGGACUGGAGAGAAAGUUGGGCAAUUACUAUUUAUGCACAAUAUUGGAUUGUGAACAAGACUGGCUUUCCGCUAGACAUUCGUGAAACAUGCUCAAAUAUGGUUUACGAAAUACAAGGAAAAGAACCAGUUGUAUUCGCAUUUAAAAAAAAUCGUCACCGAUUUGUUCGAUUAAGGGCUCAACAGUCGGGCUGGUCACCAGCUUUUGGAAUAGAUUCAGUCGGCACAACGGGUUUAAUAGUCUGUAAAGAUAUUGAAAGGAAACGAAAAUAUGAAAUUCAGCUUCGCGUGGGAAUAUCUCAGCUCUGUCCUGUUUUGACCAAGAUAAUCACACUCCUACCUAAUUUCUUGGUUGUUAAUAAAACUAGACGAAGUCUGCGAUUUAUGGAGGACAAUGAAGAAGCUGAUUUAUGGAAUGAUUUGGCUGGCGGUCAGGUCACUGCUUUCUGGCCAUACACAGAUUCUAUGAGAAUGUGUAUCAAAUGGAGUAAUAGUCAAUUAGUCUCUCAAUAUUUUGACAUAACAAAAAUACGAAAGACUGUCUUGAGAAUGGAUAAUGGGACGGCUGUAUGCGUUGACGUAUGUGGAGGAAGUAAUGCCCCGUUUUCCAUCAUCUUCUACAAAUACCAGAACGGAGAUGCUCCUGUGAGAGUUGAUAAUCUUUGCCAUGAUUUGUUCCUGAAAAUCAAUCAAACUGGAAUGGGACAAGUAGCUUUAUUAAAUCCAUAUCAAAGCUUAUUAUAUACAUGGGAUGAACCUACAAAAAAAAGAGAGCUUAUCUGGAAUGUGUACAAUAAUGAAAGUGAUGGAUAUAUUGCAAAGAUUUCCAAGGAUGGUUAUGGACAGGAAACCGUUUCUUUUCGUACGUUAAAACAGUCUACUUCGCCAACUUAUUCGGUAUCUUUAGCAAAGAAAUUAACUUUUGGUAUGAAGGGUUCGUCAUCGGUUUCUGUGACUGAUGAAUGUCCCACCAAUGAAACUAUAUUAGAUGGCGAAAAGCCUGAGAAUAUAAAAAAGAUUUACAACGAUGAAGUAAUAGUUUAUUGGAUAAGUUUCAUGGAAAAGCGUCAGAGAGUACUCCUGUUUACUCAAGAUGCAAAUAUUUUUCAAAAAGCCAAAAGUAUCGUGGAGCCUGAAUUUAGCGAGAGAGAAAUAUUUCUCUCUUUGUCUGGCAUUGGUCUGAGUAUUUCAAUGGAAUCAGCUAUGAACGUGAAAGAGCUGGCGUAUUUUAGUGUCACGGAUUCUUCUGCUAUAUGGGAACUCUACUUUGGAAAACGUUGGAAAACUUUGUCCCUGGAAUUGAGUGCAUGGAUGGAGGAUAGAUUCAGAAAUUCAUAUCAGAAAACACAACUAGAAGACUUAAUUGAUGUCGAUUUUCAAAAGAUGCAUAUGACCAAACCAUUUUAUGCGAAACUGAGAAGAAGUUAUUCGCCUGGUAUUUGGCUUCACUGUAGAAAAUCAUUUUCUAACAUAUACCUGGAAGGGAAAGUACAUAGAAUACAGAUUGAUAAUCAGCUUCAUGAUGCUACAUUUCCAGUGGUAUUAUAUUUCUGGCCACAAAGAUCCUUAACCAAUGGUAUUAGAAAUCAGAAAAUGAAACCGUGCUUGGAAUUUUCUUUUUUAAAACAGAAAAAAACGACAUUUGACAUAUAUAAGAAUAUGACGGUGAUCAUCCAAGAGUUUGCUCUCAACCUACAUAAAGAAUUUGUAGUUUGCUUGUUGGAUAAUUUGAUUCCAAAGCAGGCUGAAGCAAAGGCUUCUAUUUCCCUACAGCUAAGAGCAGACUUAUCAGCCAUUCAUACUUCUCUAUUGCAUAUUGCAAAUUCGGUAUCCAAUAUACAGCAGCGGAAUAUGUUUGAGCAUUUAUAUAUCUCUCCCAUAAAAAUGCAGCUGAAACUGUUGGGUGGAACCAGCGGCUUCAUACCUUAUCCGUAUAAAACUGCAUUCAAUUAUUACAAUUUUGUUGAAUUUCUUUUCAACUACACACAUGGCGCAUUGUUUGAAAAAACAGCGGAUUUCAUUUUACCACAGUACGAAAAAACCGAUAUCGCAUCCAGCAUCGAUGAGUUAUAUAUUAAUGUAAAGGAGAGUUAUACUUCUAAGAUACUUCAACAGUUCAAUGUGCUUAUCCUAGCACUUACUGUAGUGGGAAAUCCAUACGGGUUCAACUUUAAGCUGGGUGGAGAGGGAUUGAAUAGUUUGAACAUGAUUUCACACGAAGAUGAUAUCGCUGAAAAAAUUAGUCACAGGAUUGAAUGCCUAUUAGGGCACAUGACGACGGAUACAACUCAGUCAAUAGUUUCAUUUUUCGAAAGUUCUUUGCCUCAUGUGACGACAUAUAAUACUGAAAGAAAAUUUGAAGUACCGAAUUGUGAAAUACCACUAUCAAUUCUUCUGGCAAAUAAUUCCUUUUCCAUUGGAGUUGAAUUGCUGAUGUCUGGAAUCAUCGUACAGCCUACUAAUAGUAUUCAUAAGGAAGAGUUGAAACACUUCUUCAAGGGGUUAGGCAAAGGUAUCCUAGAUCUCACAAUUAAAAAGAAUGUCAACUUGAAUCUUCGUGCUGGCUUGAUAACCGAUGCAAUUAAAAGGGCACAAGCGAUUGGAUAUGAAUUUCUAUCACGUAUCCGUCUACCUCGUUACAUUAAUUCUUAUUUGGGAGCCGAGCCAUAUUCUGUUCAUAAGGCAACAGGAAUGCACUUAUUGAAUACCAUUAGCAAAGGUCAUUAUCUAGAUAAGGAUGUAUAUUGGGCUCACGCAGCACUUUCUAAAGAGGGAAAGUACAUUGCGCUAGUGUCAUUGCAGCGUAUAUUUCUUAUUGAAAAACGAUGUCUGUGGGGUUCUUGGAAUGUUGAAUGGGUGUUAGACAUUACUACAUUGAUCAAACCCCCUGUUGUUGCUGAGAAAAAAUUGAUCCUGCACGUUAACAAGAAUGACAACAUACCAAAUUCACAGGCCACAGAUUGGUACAUCGAGAGCGAGGAUCAAGUAACUUUAGAAUGGUUGCGCUGUAAGAUAGAAACUGUCAUGAUCCUAAAUAUGGAAAAUAGCACAUGUCUUGAGAGUAAAAUAUGAAACUAUAUGUUACAUUAUAUAUUACAGCUCUAAUAAAUGGAUGUAUAUUUUAAUUCAUCACAUAAAAAAGUGAAUAACUUGUUGUCGUUACAAAGUUUCGAAAAUAUUUUUAUUCUAAGUAUCGAUCAAUCAUGAUUUAUGAUCAAUUUUGCAUCAAGCUCAGGUUUACAGGAUCAGAGCGAACAAAGAAUAUUAAUUAACUUGGCGGUUAUUUUACAACCAAAUUCUGAUCAACAUUUAACCAUAUUCCACAAAGAUUCGUACUAGCACGCGAAACAAGUGUUUUUAAUUUCGAAAUGACUGCAUAUUUUAUUGUUAUAUGACGGAACCGGAAAUUCUUAUAUAUGAUAUUUCUCUCUUUAAAUAUUUUGUAUAAUUUGAAAUAUAGAAAUAUAUGUUAAC